AUGUCCCUUCCGACCAUGGAUAAACACACUCAAGAAAGGAUCAACAGAACUCGGGAGAGAAGUGAUAAAAUUAGUGCACUGAUGGGACAAUAUUUGUUAAAAGGAUAUCGAAUGUUGGGAUCCACUUGUGAUGUUUGUGGGGUAGGUCUGUAAAAUCCAUGUCAAAUGUCAUAAUUUGUCCAUCUAACUUAGUUUUGUUUUACUUAAGUCACAUUAACAAAAUUUACAUUAAAUUACAAAAAUUACAAUAAAUCACAUGUGAACCAUUCAACUAGAAACAUACACUCUAAAAAUUGUGAUUCUUACCAUCAUUAUUAAAUGGUAUGGAAAAGUUUACUGCAAUGACCGUAAGCAUGCAUUGUCAGAUAACCUUUUGAAAAUUGGCUUAAAAUGUGCAACCAGGCCGCUUGUUCGUGACGUAACAAACUUCAGCAGAGAACAUGGCAGAGCAAAUGGCUGUAAUUGAACCUUGAAGAUUUCCCUUUGAUUUGGAACUUUACAAACUACUACUAAUGUGUUUCUGUUCAUAGAAUGUUCUUCUAAAGUACCGUGACCAAUCAGAUUAUUGUGUAGCUUGUCAAGAAGUUGAUGCACAGCCUACAGAUCCCAGUGAUCAAGGUAAAGUGUUAAAGCAACCCAAUGAAUAUCUUGUAACUGAAACCCCUGCUUAGAACAUCACAAGCUCUUUUAGAUGGGAAGAUGGAGCAAAUAUGUGCUGUUACAGUCAGUCAUGAGGUGGGCCUAUCAUGGGGCCUGCAUUUUUCCCCCAAGAGGAAAUUUCUUUAGGGAAAUCUUUUGCCCUCAGGAGAGGUGCUAUUUUCAUCAACUUUGUUUCGGUAAAGAUGACAGCAUAAUGGCCCGUUGUGUUUUUCUGUGAAACAAGAUGAAAAAACUUGACUUACAUCCAGCUGUAUUUCUAAUAUUCUCUGCAUCUUUUGAAACAACUCUGUAGUUCAAAUUCACAACCCAUCCUGCGGAAAUCAACUGCUAAAAUAUAUUGUGGUUAUAAUGCAAUUUAAAGCAGGUAAUUUGUAUUUUUUUGUGAAGGUGGGCUGCCUGUGUCCCAGCCAACACAGCAAGAUUCUCAUGAGACUAGCAGGGUUCCAUCUAAUCCUGUGGACUCUUCUGUCAACAAAAAUGCUGUUGCCAUAGCUACCCAGGCUGUGAAUGCUAAGAUAGUUUGGGCCAGUGAAGCACUGUCCAGGUGUCAUACUACAGGAGAGUGUCAGCAACUCUGUGAACUGCUCAAGACAUGUGCAGAGACACUGAAAGUACUGAAAGAAAUUCAAUAGUAAAUGAAGUACUUUUGAAUGUGGAAUCAGUCAAGAUUCUAACUUGGAAAUAAUAAUGGAGGUUUUGUGGUGUCAUGACGAUAUGAUCAUGUGUGCUGAAGCCAAGAAUCUAGAGGGGGUGCAGAGGUAUUCUCUCAGGGAAAAACUAAAUUUAAAGGAUUGUGCGAUGCCAUCUCCAGAAUUUUGAAACUUCUAACGAUUGCAAAGCUCGUAACAAAUGGAGGCAGACCCAUGGCUUAUUGGGUCCAAAACACUGCGAGAUCUUGCCAUGAUACUGGCCCAUAGGAUGAAAAAGAGCCCAAGAUACCGCAGAAAAACGACCAAGGUUUUUGACAAGAAGAAGAAUACUGCAGCAAGGAAACAAGUUGUUCCUUUACCAGAGGGACGUCACCAUAAUCGGGGGAAUAUUAAGCGAAAACGUGAGACUGGAGAUGAUGGGUGAAAACGGCUGGUUUACGGCCAAAAAGGUUGUGAUUUCUGAGUUACAAAUGCAUUCCCGGUUUUCAAGAAGAUAUGUGUUUGAGGCCAAAUGACUGUAGCAAUUAGGUAUAUUUAAACCUCGUGAAUCGAUCUUCACAAGUUAUUAGCAAUUAAAUUCAUGCAAGAAGAAAAAGAGAAGCCUUUACCUCAAACAAAUUAAAGUAUCUACUGGAACGUGAGAGUUAGUACUAAUCUGAAAAAGCCCUCUCACACUUUGUCCUCAUCGGAAAUCAAGGGACACAAUACUCCAUGAAGCUUGUUACCAGCCGCCUUCAUCAAUUGCUCACUUUCAAAGCUGAGAAUUUUUGUGAUCCGAGACCUUAAACUACGUUGUUUCUUCCCAUGGCAAAACGAAGAAAACACUCUGCACUAUAGAAUGCCGAGAUUUACGAUCUUGAAUACUGCUUAACGUAACAAAAUCUUAGUAUAGCCCAUCCCAUGGGGUGUUGAGGUUUUUUUUUUUCACAUCGUAAACGACAGUUUCUUUUUCAUCAAAAGGACAGUAAAAGCAAUGCCAAAUAGUGUUCUUGUCUAGUAAACGUAUGAACAAACUUUAAGCACCAGUCUCCAAAACAUAAAUUAGGCCGCUUUGGGAAAAUCGUGUCUACAUCGACGGCACGGCCCUGGCAGAUGUGUUAGGCAUAGACAAUUUUGAACGGAAUUCUGUUUUGGGACGCUUCCGUUUGUUUUCAGAGGAUCUCCUCCGACUUCGGACUGCGCGGUGGAAACUUGUCCAAUAAGGUUCCUUUUUUCUCCUUGAAAACCGUUCAGUCACAGAUCCAUAACCCAGUACGUGUUCAAUAAAAUCUUACUGCUUCACG